CACGAGCCACGAGCCACGGGUCACAGGUCACGUCAAAACUAACAGAUCAUUUCAACAUUUCUCACCUGAGCGCGACAUUUUUUUGGUAUAAGUGCCUUAACCUGGAGCGCGCGCUCUGUAUGAUGAAGAGCCGGUUGGCUGUUGGGGUGGACCGGACCGGACCGACUCCGCACGCGCACACUGCUCGCUGCCAGCUGCACUGCCGGUUGCAUUCCCCGAUUCCUCCCCGCCCCGUCCCGUCCCGGUGUGGAGAGCUGAGCGCGAGGCAGCAUGGAGGAACUGGCGCGUGAGAGCAUCCGCAGCAUCAGCCUGCUGUACAAACCGGCGCGAGGCACCGAGGCACCGCGUCUCGGCUCCUUCGGUGCGGUUUUCAUCAUGCUGAAGUCUGCACUCGGAGCCGGACUCCUCAACUUCCCCUGGGCUUUUGAGAAGGCAGGAGGUGUGAGCAGAGCCAUCAGUGUAGAAAUGGUGUCUCUGAUAUUCCUGAUCAGCGGCCUGGUCAUCCUCGGCUACGCCUCGUCCAUCAGCCGGCAGAGCACAUAUCACGACGUGGUGAGAGAAGUGUGUGGCCGCAGGAUCGGUUAUCUCUGUGAGGUCUGCUUCGUCUUUAACCUCUUCAUGAUCUCUGUGGCGUUCCUCGUGGUGGUGCAGGACCAGCUGGAGAAGUUGUGUUUGUCCUUAUAUGAAAUGGUGACUGGAGCAAAAGUGAUGCCCUAUCACUGGUAUACAGAUCAGAGCUUCGCACUCUUCAUCGUGUGCCUCGUCAUCAUCCUCCCUCUGUCCAUCCCCAAAGAAAUCAGCAUCCAGAAAUACACCAGUGUGUUAGGAACUCUAGCUGCUACGUACCUCAGCGUGGCUGUAAUCGUUAAAUAUUACCUGGAAGAGGAGCACACCGCAGAUCUCCGUCCUCAACACACAGGGUUAGACUCGUGGGCCUCCAUGUUCAGCGUCGUUCCCACCAUCUGCUUCGGCUUCCAGUGCCAUGAAGCCUGCAUUGCUAUUUAUAGCAGCAUGGAGAACAAAAAGAUCAGUCACUGGGUCUUCAUCUCUGUGACGUCCAUGAUCUUCUGUCUGCUCAUCUACACUCUCACAGGAGUGUUCGGUUUCCUCACAUUUGGACAUGGAGUGGCGUCAGAUAUCCUGAUGUCAUAUCCUGGAAACGAUGUGGUGAUGAUCAUCGCGAGGCUGCUGUUUGGCAUCUCAAUCAUCACAAUCUAUCCCAUAAUACUUCUCCUGGGCAGGACCGUCAUCCUGGCGUUGAUGCUGCGUUACCAGGAGCGACGCGCCAUAGUUACGGUGGCGUUCGAGUGCCGCUGCCGAGUUCUUCUGACCGUCCUGUGGAUCGCCGUGACGCUUCUCAUCGCUGUCUAUGUUCCAGAUAUGAGUGACGUCAUUAGUGUGAUUGGAGGAAUCAGUGCCUUCUUUAUCUUCAUUUUUCCUGGGCUGUGUCUCAUUUUUGCCAUGCAGACGGAAGCAUUAGAUCACAGAUUAAAGAUGUUCCUGACAGGAUGGGGCGUCAUCACUGUUGUCGUUGGAACCUUCAUCUUUGGCCAGAGUACCACCAUCGCUGUCAUGGAGCUCAUACACAAGGCUUGAUCAUCAUCAUCAUCAUCAUCAUCAUCGUCAUCAUCAUCAUCAUCAUCAUCAUCUUCAUCAUCAUUGUAUUAUUUAUUAUUAUUAUUAAUUAUAUAAGAAAGUAAAUAAAGACAGGCUGACUCUGUAGUGGAGGAAUUCUUCCUACUUACCUCUAACAUCCACCUUUUUAUUGUUUCUGAGUAGAAAUAAUGAGCAAUUUAAAGAAUUCAGAAAUAUAUUUAAUUAAAUUCUCUAACAUGAGAAUAAAUUAAUCGAGCAUUGGAUUGAGUGUUAAUACUUACACUGAUUAUAGAGAAUGGAAAUUUUCCCACUUUCGGACGUUUCCUAAACAAAAAGAACAUUUUAACUCGGUGACUGAGGAUCGUUUUUGAUUGGAUACAGCAGCAAAAAUUUUAUUUUUUAUUUUUAUUUAUUGUUUUAAUUUACAGAUACAUCGAGUAAAAUCCUACAGUAAAAGGACGGCAUUUUGGAUGGUGGAAUUCAGUGUAAUUGUAAGCUGUGUUGAUCAGCUAAAAUGAGAAUAUUUUUUGUUUUUUAUUAUUAUUAUUAUUAUUAUUAUUGAUAUUAUUAUUGAUGCCAUUGGUGAUAUUGUUACUGUAUAUAAUAAAAGAAAUGUUCCAAAAUGUCUAUACUGUGACAAAUUUUAUCAAAUGUCUGAAAAAAAUAAAAUAGUAUUUCCAAAGUCACGCUGUUUUUAAAGCUAUGUUCUUCAUCAACAUCUUCUACGUUAUUUCUUAAGAGUUACAAAUAUUUCUUUUGUGAUAUCUUGUUGUACAGUUUAUCUACGAGUCUCAAGACAAUACAAAAUUGUGUGAUUGUUGUUUAUUUCAAUUUGUGAUUCUUUCACCUUGACCUCGGGCUGUAAAUCUGACACGAUUUCAUGAUGAUAUUAAUGAUUUUUAACUGAACAAAAGCUUGCCCUUUUUUCAGACAAACCAUAUUGACUAUAUUUUUCUCCAA